AUGAGGGAUUUGCACCUCCAGCAGCUCAGGCUGAACCAGACGCAACGAGUGAGGCUGCAGACGGCUCUCCAGAAGCUCCAGGACGUCUCGCCUUCGUCUGCGGCCGCCACGGUCGCCGUGGCCGACAACAUCCCUGUGAACCACGAGGACGGCGUUCUCAAGUGAGAGGCUUCUCAUGAUGUAAUAUUUACGUGUAUCUGUGUGGUUUUCUUGUGCCAGCGUCUAAAGAGGCUGUCAGCGUUUGGCAGGAAUGAUUUGCUCUUCUUGCUCGUUUUGUGCGUCUUCUCUUUUGCCUGCUUAUUUUGGCUCUACUGUAUUGACGAAUGAUUUUCUCUGAACUGAAAUGUGUAGGGGUCAUGGAACGUCGGAGCUGGAUGGUCAGGUGGUGGCAACCUUGUGCGGCGUCGUUGAGCGCGUGAACAAGCUGGUGUAUGUGCGUACUCUGAGGGCAAGGUAACAGAAAAAGGAUUCCACCGCAACUGCUUUUCUCCUCUUCUUCUUUUUCUGUUCUUUGCCUCCGCGAAAUUUGGCUGGCUGCGUUGGCUUAUUUAUAAAGGAAUUGAAGUACAAAGGGUACAACGGCUCCAAAUGUCCCUAGAAAGUUUUUUUCUGUUAGGAAUGAAAAGUUCCAACGUGUCAUGUUAGACACCACAUUAAAGUUUUCAUACUUAAAUUUCUAACUCGCCUAUGUAUCAUGAGUGGAGGGGAACUACCUUCGAAAAUCUGUAUAAAUUUUCAUAUUUACUCUUCUAAUUCAGUUUGAACUCAAAUAAGAUAGCCAUUCAAGCGGAGAAAUACAUAUUUACCCUGCUUGAAACCAAGAUUUUACUUGUAAAAGUUGAAAUCAAUGUUAUCAAUACUCAUACCUUAAAUAGCGUGGAGCCAACUCCCAACUACGACUAUUUUUCGAGCUUGCUAGUCACCUAAUCAUUUUUGGUCACUUUUUUGCAAGAAGGCUAUCCCGUUUAUCUUCGUAGAUGUGGUUGUUUGUGUCCUCCUCAAAUAAUUCAUUCCUGAAACUCAUGCUUUGGUGCGUGUGUGUGAUAUUAGUACUUUUUUACAGAUAAUUUCUGAACUUUUUUAUAGAUAUUAGGUGGAUUAGUUAUUUCUUAUCGGAUAUCAUUUCAACAGCUAAUUCUUCAUUCCUCAUCAUUGAUCUCCAGAUGUUUCAUUUAUAAUGUGUUAUAUUGUAUGACUAAGAAACUAAUGGUUCUUUUAUUUACAGGUACAAGCCAGAAAUUGGAGAUAUUAUUGUUGGGCGUGUCAUUGAGGUCUUUUAUAUGAUUUUUUCAAAUAUUCAUUAUUAUUCUAUAAUGUGGCUUCUUCUGAGUAAAAAAAUUAUAUUUUGUAUGCAUUUGGACGUGUCAUUAUAUUUUGUAUGCAUUUCAUAGGAAGAGAAUGAUUUUAGAGAUAGAAACUGUCUUAUGGUUUAAACUGAUUUCUAAACUCUAAUUUAGAAUUAUCUGUAGAUAAAUUCCAUGUUGCCUACAUCAUGUUCUGACCGAUCCCCGAGUUUGGUUAUUGCAUAGAAAUUUGCCAUAUAUUAAAAAGACCCUAAUGAGACGUCCUACUCAUAGAGGCUCAUUCAAUGAAUUACAUUUUUUUAUGGCAUAAUUAUAACUUUUCUAUUCUACGGUUUUUGGACUAAUGAUAAAAAAAAGUAUUGAAAUAAGGCUUCCACAGAGAAUGAUUAGGAAUGGGAGUGAACUUCUUAACACCUUCAAAUUUCAGCAGGGAAAUCACCACCUGACAUUUUUUACUUGUCUUUUAGGAUCCAUUUUUAUAAAUGACCAGUUUUCUCUAAUGUGUCUUUGCAAUAUAGAAGUUAGUCCUAGGGACCGUUGGUAUUUCUGGCUGAGCACUAUAUUCUUCGUGGAUAAGAAUAUGGGCAUUCAUAGCAUAUUUACAGCUUAAUUUCUUUGACUAUGCUUCAAGCUUAACUGAGUAUAAAAGGCUUUCGGUAAAUUUUUCUCUCUUUUCCAUAAACGUAAAAAGGCUCUUGGUUUACUCUGGAUUAAUGUGAACCGAGUUUUUCUUCUGAGAAUAAUGACGGCUAUAAAUUUUGAUUUUUUCAUUCAGAUAUAAUUUCUUGAUGUAGGUUGCUACAAAACACUGGAGAUUGGAGAUCAAUUUUAGUCAAGAUGCAGUUUUAAUGCUUUCAUCAAUGAACUUACCAGACGGCAUCCAGGUAUUCACAGACUUUUUCUUACACUCAUUUGAGCGCAAUGGGUAUUUGGAAUGAUAUGUUAUUUCAAUGAAGCAAUUCAAAUUGUUUAGUUGUCAAAUUUAGGUUUCUAUUAGGUGUCUAUGUGGAUCAAUAUAUUUGAAUGACCUCUGGCUUUGGGUCCUACAAGUAUCUUAAUCUUGUGAUGAAGUUAAACAUAUUAAGAAAAGGUCAGUUCUAAUAUCUCAAAAUUGUUUAUAAUAGAAAGUUGAUUGCCUAUGUACCACUGGAACGUUUCGUACUUAUACAAGUUGAAGUUUUUAUUGAAAAAAUAUCACUUUUUUUCUUUCUGAGCUUAGCUACAUUCCAUCAAUGAUAUUUGAAGUGUAUUCUAAGAGCAUUGCUUUCCUGUGUUAAUGGGAAUAGUUGCUAUUUCUGUUGUGGUUGGAUGGGAAUGGUGUCAUGUAGCAAGAGUAAAAUUCUGCAACUUUGUUCUCUCUUCUUUGGCUAGGGUAUCAAUGACUUCUGAUACGAUCCACCAAUUACAUUGAUUUCUAGAGGAAAUUAACAUCCUUGUAACACCCUUAGUAUCAUUUUAAUGUUGACUCAAAGGUUUAACUCGACUGUGGUUAAGUAAGUCGAUGGAUGAUUAGAGUCGGGGAACAAAGGCAAAAUGUGUUUCAUUUUAAGACAUUGAAAUUAAUAUUUUGUAGUCCGCGGCGUUAGAUAUAGUAGUAACUGGAUGUUAGACAAAAUCUAAUGUAAAACAGUUAUUUUUCCUUACUUAUUUGACAUUUCUGUGUGCAAGAAUUUUCUGGUGAGCCUUUAGCUUAUGCAAGUUUUUUCUGGCCUUAACACCGUUAUUUAACUCGUCAACUGGACAUUGAAUUCUAGAUAUCAUUGUAGUAAUGUGAUUCUUGAUCUGUUUCUAAUUUUUGUGAGAGUUUGACUUUGUAGGAUUUCUAGAUUCCUUUUGAUGAGGUUUUCAGUGAGAUACAUAUCAAAAUGUUUUUCCAUGUCUGCUUUUCUAGAGGCGACGGACAGCUACAGAUGAACUAAACAUGCGAAGUAUAUUUGAAGAAAAUGACGUCAUUUGUGUGAGUUUUAUAUUUUUGUUGUUGUACUGUUGUCCUAAACUUUCUACUUCCCAAUGAUGAUUGCUAUUAACUGAGAUUUUAGAAAACAUAUGCGUACCUUAUGGAUUUUCGUAUACAAUUUAGGACGCCGAAGUAAUAAAUAAAUGCAUAUUCUGUGACUAGAAAAACAUUAGCUUUUAAUGCUCACUAAAUUGUCUAAAUCUUAACUCCGGAAAUUAUGAGAGAAAAGAAACAAAUAUGGGAGUUACUCCAAUGGGAUGGUGUGUCUAUGGAAGGCCAAACUUCAGAGCUUUUUUAUAAAGCGGGUCUUUGCCCUUCAGAAAAUUUUGACCCCAGGGAAAAUGCAGGAAUAAUUUGGGUGGGCACGAUAUUUCUGCAAGUGUAGACGUGAAGAUUCAAGACUAAACAGGUGCAGAGAGUUGAGGUCAAAUCUGGAGCAGAAAUAUUGACAAUUUUUUUAGCAUAUCCUCCUUCAUAGGCUGUAUGUGCUAGACAGCAUAUUAGAUUUGGCUUGCAAAAUUCAUUUCAGCAUCACCAAUGGAUGAUGUUUCUAAUCAUGCAUUGGAGGAAUCUACUGUUAUCAAAAUCUCAGAAUCUGAGCCACACAAAUGGCCGCAACUAAUUCUAUAUACUAUAAUUCUACAAAAUGAUAAUGUUGCUAUUGAGAAAGUAGCUUGGAAAUUCCUUGAUGCUAAUCUGUAUCGAGAUUGUUCUAUGAGGAGAACAUUCUUGAUUUCUCCUGUGCUAGUUUUACUAUCCUAGGCUGUGAUUUUGGGUUCUACUAUAGCAGAGGAUGUGAAGAAAUUAAUUUGGCGAUGCAACUCUUAAGAGUUUAGUAGUAAAUCAUUCUUUAGUGAAACAUAUAAUGUCAAUUUGUUUCUUGAAGAUUAAUAUUCUUGAUUUGGUCCAUUUUCAGGCCGAGGUUCGUGGCUUCCAGCAUGAUGGAAGUUUGCAUCUGCAGGCAAGAAGCCUUAAGUAUGGAAAGGUUCGUCAUAUUUAUUCCAUUAUCCACUUUAAAAUCUUAUCAUAAUGUACUUGGUGUAUCUAGUCUCAUAAUUGUUAUACCUUUUUCUUAUGUUUUUUUUUAUUUAAUAUUUUUUGCAAUCGAGAGUCGAACAGACUCUUUGGCAGACCUCUUCCCUUGAUAAUUCUCAUGUCUAUCCACCUCCGACAAUUUCUCUGGGUUCGAUUUGAAUUAAUGUAGCUGCUUAGGAAAAAACCCUAAAUCUUUGCAUCUUUUGUUGGAUCUAGCUUAGCACAUCUUUGAUCUAGUGUGAAUAUCAGUAAAGUCAACGAUAUGUCCCAAUGUCUUCUAAACAUUUGCAUGUUUUUGGCUCAUUUUGCUUCUUUCCUUUAAGGGUCAGGUUCUUAUGUACUCCUCUAAAAACAUCAAGGCUCCCAUUACGUGGAAGAUGAUCCGAGCCUGCCCCCACUGGGAUGAUAAUGGGAACCUUUUGAAACGUAUUUCCCCAAUGGUCGAUUGCUUACAAGGUCAAAAGAAAAAAGUCAAUCUGUUUAAAAUUGGGAAGAGACUUCCAUUAGUCUGUGAACAUCAUGAUUCAUUAAACUGCCCAUGUUUAUUUUGGCCGAUGCCAUUUUUUCUUCCAUUGGUAAACGGUUUAUGCUUUGAGUUGACCAAAUCAAGAAUAUUAAUCUUCAAGAAACAUCUGUGAAGUCAUUGUGCACAAAGGAGGAAUGGCAUGAUUCAUUAUCAUGUAUAUGGAAAUUUGGCUAGAUUAUGCUAAAGUCAUAUCUAGUAACUUUGUUGUCACCAACGAUGCAGCUCAAGAGUGGCCAGUUGCUUACUGUGCCCCCGUACCUAAUAAAGCGGCGGAAGCAGCACUUCCACCACCUUGAGAACUAUGGGGUUGACUUGAUUCUGGGCUGCAAUGGAUUCAUCUGGAUUGGCGAACAUGUGGAGACCAGCAACGGUGUCAUGGAAGGAGAUGGAGGGAACAAAGUGGAGGAGAGCAACGAGUCUAGCAGCCACUCGGUGCCCCUUGGAGAGAAGGGGCAGCGGCUCAUGUCUCUGGAGACGAGGCAGCACAUAUGCCAGAUAGCAAAUGCCGUGCGCGUGUUGUCCACCUUGGGUUUCAGUCUGACCACUGAAGGGAUUUUGGAGGCGGCUAAGGCAAGCAUCUCUUUGGGAAUCAACACAAAAGACAUGCUGGGGGCUGAAUUCCAUGUCCAGACUGCAGAGAGGGAGGUUGGCCGCCGGAUGUCAUUACUCAGAAAGAAAGGGUGA